GAAGCUUCACGUCUCAUAAAAUAACAACCAAACGGAAAACCACUAAUUUUUUCAUGUUAAUCAGACCGUCAGUUUGUCAGGAAGCUAAAAAACCGGGAUUUUUGAAAAAGUUGAAAAAGAAAAUCCCUAAAAAAGGGAUCCAAAUGCAAAACUCUCUGAAUCACGAGAAUCCUCUCGAUAACCGAUAAAACUAAAAAAAAAACCGAUAUCCCUCCCCACCAAAAAUUCAAAACCAUCAACAUCUCCAAAAAAUUGGCAACCGGCUGAACCUGCGCAUAACCCCACCACAAUCCAAGAAAUUAUCGACAACAAUGCGCACACACUACCGAUAACCCACAAAUACCAGAGCAAACUACACGAACAACAUCACCACAUUAACAAAAUCACAAAGUCCUCACUGGCAACUAGACUGCGCACACAGAGCGACAUUCGUCGUACGAUGGCGCAACAUGUUGGCCAAACGCUCAAACCGGCAACCCUAAUUCUUAUUUUCGCCUAUUUUCACAUAAACAAUGCAAUAUACCUGUCCCCAAGAAAUCAAAAAUCACCACCAGAAAUCACAACCAUCCACCAAAUUCCCAGUGAUAACACCCCAAAAACAAGUGACACCAACCAAUCAAGUGAUAACAAAGUGCUAGUGACUGGUCAACACCUCGACAAUCUCCAAAACUUUCACUGGUCGGACAAUCCUAAAAUUUGCAAUGACAGCAAACCCCUGCACCUGGUUGACAUAAAAAAAUCACCGGAUGGAAAUGACAUUGCAACAUACGAAUUAUCACUGAACCAGUCAUUUGAGGUUACAAGUGUCUAUUUCUGUGUGGGAAGUGUCGACGAGUCCCAUACGUCAUGGACUAAUCUUGGAAACAAAUUCUCCCUCAAAAUAAAGGGCAGCCGUGCCCCACGAGACAUCGAGAUCCCCCAGGUAUUGCCGUUAUCAUCAUUCACUGAUGUCAAUAUACAUGGUCUUCGUGUGGAGCAUGCCAUCAAAGAGCCAUUCAUUGCCAAGAACGGAAUGCCAGAGAUAUUGGCUGGGGGUGAGGCGACGUUACGCCUCUUUGGCACUGGUCUCAAGAAUGAUACGAUGAUUGUGUUUACGGAUGAAAAGCCCCAGGAGGAUAAAUCCUGCACGAGAAUAAAAUCAGAUGAAUUUCAAGUACAAAAUGCUAACAAAUUCACAGGGACUGUUGACGUGAUCCUUCCCAUGGGCUCGCCAUUCUACAUCUGCGUUAAACAGGUGAAAAAUCCCAAUGGUGAAUCAACCGAGACGAGAGUAUUCUACAAACAUCAGGGAAUGGAGACUCAUAAAGCAAUUCGUACCUACGAAAAAAUGCUGGCACUCUGGUUACAAAUAACAAUUAUUCUCACGUGUCUGGCAUUCUCAGCGCUAUUCUCAGGACUUAAUUUGGGUCUGAUGGCGAUGGACAGAACGGAAUUAAAGAUUUUAUGCAAUACUGGGACUGAGCAGGAACGAAAAUACGCGAGAACAAUUCAACCUGUACGAAAUCACGGAAACUAUCUGCUGUGCUCUAUUCUUUUUUCCAAUGUUCUUGUUAAUUCGAUAUUUACUAUUCUCCUGGACGAUUUAACGUCUGGUGAAGUUGCUAUCGUGUGCUCAACCUUGGCGAUCGUAAUCUUCGGUGAAAUUUCACCUCAAGCAUUUUGCAGCAGACAUGGACUCUGCGUGGGUGCCAAAACAAUUUACAUAACGAAGCUCAUGAUGGUGAUAACGUUUCCACUGAGUUAUCCCAUAAGUAAAUUCCUGGAUUUCAUGCUUGGCGAGGAAAUUGGCAACGUUUAUAAUCGCGAACGUCUCAAGGAGCUUGUUAAGGUGACAACAGGAUACAACGACCUCGAGAAAGAUGAAGUGAAUAUAAUAGCUGGAGCCCUAGAGCUCAAGAAGAAAACAGUUUCUGAUGUGAUGACUAAAAUCGAAGAUGUUUACAUGCUGGAUUACAACGCAGUCCUUGAUUUCGAAACAGUAUCUGAAAUAAUGAAAUCAGGAUUUUCGAGAAUUCCUGUGUACGAGGGCGAGAGGAAUAACAUCGUAACUAUGCUUUAUAUAAAGGAUCUGGCAUUCGUCGACCCUGACGACAACACACCCUUGAAGACACUCUGCCAGUUCUACCAAAAUCCAGUUUACUUCGUCUUCGAGGAUCUCACCCUCGAUGUCAUGUUCCAGCAGUUCAAAGAAGGUCACAAAGGCCACAUGGCCUUUGUCCAGAGGGUGAACAGCGAAGGUGAAGGCGAUCCCUUUUACGAAGUAACAGGUCUGGUGACCCUAGAGGAUGUUAUCGAAGAAUUGAUUCAAGCUGAAAUAAUGGACGAAACCGACGUAUUCACUGAUAAUCGAAGUAAACGAAAGAGAUUAAACAAUCGUCCAAUGAUGCCCGACUUCACUGUAUUCGCGGAGAAAAAGGAAAACCAGAGAAUCCACAUUUCUCCACAAUUGACAUUGGCAAUGUUUCAAUAUUUAUCAACGACUGUGGAUCCAUUCAAACCCGACACGAUAUCGGAAACAAUUCUUCGCCGAUUACUCAAGCAAGAUAUCAUCUAUCACAUAAAAGUUAAGUCUCGUGAGAAGGCACGCAAUGAUCCAGGUGCUGUAAUCUAUCAGCAGGGCAAAGCUGUUGACUACUUUGUUCUGAUUCUCGAGGGGCGUGUGGAGGUCACCGUUGGAAAGGAAAAUCUUAUUUUUGAGAGCGGCCCAUUUACUUAUUUCGGUUGUCAAGCCCUCAGUCCUAAUUUCGCUGUUGUGACUGAGUCACCAACGACAACAAAUCCCCAGAGUCUGGGAAGUAUUCAAUCGAUAAACCUGGACGCGAUACUGCGUCAUACAUUUGUUCCGGACUACACAGUCCGGGGAAUAACGGAGGUAUUCUACGUUAAAGUGAAGAGAUCGUUGUAUCUAGCAGCUAAGAGAGCAACUUUAUUGGAGAGAAGCCAGAAAGACCCAUCACCGAGUCAAGAUCAAUUUGACGAUGAGGUUGAGAAACUACUACACUCCCUCGACGAGGAUGAUCACAGUAUGCCAACGACACCGAGCAACGAACGUCGUCAUCAUCACCGAGUUAAUGACACACGUCAACAACAGUCACCAGUGCGAAGUGCCACAGCACCGACAUCGCCUCUGCCAGUUAGUGCCAGUCCCCUGACUAAUUCAAAAUUUGUACCAAGAAAUGGUCCCAAUGGACAGCUUAAAAAUUCACCAGUGAAGAUCGAGGAGAUACCAAUGCAUCCGCCAAGCCAAAAAUUAGACCUCGAUGCUGAAAUAGCAUCACGUCAAGCUGAAGCAAAUCGGCCAGCCCCCAGCAAAAAGCCAUCAGUUGACGAGGAGGAGCGCGAAAAUCUUCUGUCAAAACACGUUGACUCUUAACGCUUGCAAAAUGGCCGUGCGAUAACAAUCGACAUGGCUAAACAAUUGACUAAAAAUCACAGCUGCAGUCCAAUUACAAACAGUACCAAUCAAACAACGUGACACUUCACGAUUAAGCUGUAGCCUUAAGAAUGGAUGAGAUACUUAAUUAGUACCAGAUUAUUGUUUAUAUGUUCAUCGAGACCGUGGUGAAUUCAUUAUUCAAAAUAUUUUAAACAAUCAAUUUUUACGUUAGAUUCACCUGCUCAGGGAACUGAUGCCAAAUUAUCAUAAAUUUCGUCCGUUUGUCCAGUUUAUUUCAAUCAAUUGUCGUCUGUUUGUCCACUUCAACUAAUUACGAAAAACUAAAACAAUAUGUCCGGAUUUAUUUUAUAGACAGCAUGAAGAGAUUUAUCUGUCACUUGUACAUACCAUUCCAAUUUUUAUCAUUUACCAUGAAAAGUAUUUCGAAUGAAAAUAAUCCACCACCUUUAUGAUACAUGUGACACAAAUACUCAGCCAAUCAGUGGUUCAAACCAUUUAGUUUUUAAAUGAAGUUUAAAAGAAUUCUCAAGGGGAUAGAGUGAAAAAAUUUCAUCGAAUAUGAUGAUGAUUAAGAAUUGCCUAAUAUUAAUCUUUUAUAUACGGUUCGUUAGUCCUGUUUAAUCAUGUUUAUUCGUUGAAUGUUUACCUCCUUCGUAAAGAUUCCGAGUGCCUGCUUACUUAUCAAAUCAUGUUUUCAAAGAGUGAAGAGGGGGUGGUGAAGGGAGGUGGGGAUAAUUACGAGAUACCUUGGAUAGAAAAUGCCAUCGAAUUAGAACUAGCUUUGCGGUUGUAUCCGGUAUAUUGGGAUACCACCGAGUGACAUUAUUUUUUAUACCAGAAGAAAGGAAAAUUCUGAAGUGUAUCUCAUUGGACAAACAAUCCACUAACAUCGAAUGUACUAUUUAUCCAAUUACAACCAUCAAUUUUAUUCAGUUUAUAGAUUGAAAUUUGAUCGAUCAUAUAUCCGAUUUUAUUUUUUCAUUUUCAUAGAUAAUGAACAGAUCCUUCAUUAUUCAUUUAAAUAAAAUAAAAUCAUCAGAUAUUCGUCAAUCUGCUAUCACACUCUGUUCAGUAAAAUCCCAAUGAAUUGUCAUUUCUCCCAAACAAUCUAGCUAUUUAUUUAGUAAUACCGCAGACAAUAAGAGUAAUUAGCAACUAUUCCUGUCCGAGUUUGAUAAAAAAUUGAACGACUGCGGGAAAAAUCACUGGGUGAUCCAUGACUUAGAGAAAACGAGAGGAGAAAUUGUGAGAUGGUGCCUAUUUCUACGAAUAUUGUUGCUGGAAUUGACGAUUAUUGUUAGCGUAGUGUUCCCCCAUUAAAUCGCAGCUGAGGAUUAAAUUCUAAUGGGUUCAUUUAAAAAAAUAUUUCCCAUAACUCCAUCCCAUUAAAAAAUGUAUCAUUUAUCGGGAGUAUGUUAGUGGCUUGCGAACAUGUUAAACUUAAUAGUUAUACAUAUAGUAUAUAAACACAAAUAUAUAUGAAUUUAUAUUGAUGAAGUACGACGGAGAUGUUGAAUUGUGUUCCCUACAGAUGAGUAAUUAUCCAAGAGAGAAACGUAUGAUUAACGUGAAUAGUUUCGAUUGUAAUGAACAAACUCUAAGUCAAAUUUGCAUUUCAUUUACUAUCGAGAUAUAUAUCAGCAUAAAAUAGUUAUAUUGUUGUACUUAUUGAAAAUGAAACAAGGUGAAUUCGAUUUGAUUAAAGCAUAUCUCAAAACAACAGCAUUCAAUUACACCUCAAUUAUCCCAUGGACUAAUUGCACUUGUUCUCCAAUUUUCCUAUUGACUCCAAGAACAAGCGGAAGUAUAAAUAGACUAAUUCAACUGACAUUAUUCACCUGUUCGUUACCAAAUCGUAGAUUAUUUUGACAUUUCUUGAUACUAGAGUAAAUAAUGAAACUGCGCUUCCAGUUAAACAGUGGAGAUGAGUAAUUGACUGGGAAAUCAUUAUUCACACGAAAAAAAUACAAACUCCCACUGCUUCUCGUUGAUGCAGACGUCAAUGAGCUUGACGGAUCGUCCUGACUGAUGUGCAAGUCAGUCUGCAACAUGCAGUGGAUAGUACCUCAUGUAUUUUUUUCAAGUGAAUUGUAUUUUUGAACGAUAUAAAACCGACUAAACUGGCGCUGAAUUUUUUUUUUAAACGAGAGAGAAUUGCCACGACUGUCAGAGAUGAUUGAUUAAAUUGUUAAUUGGAAUGGGAAUUGAUGGAGUAAUCCUGAAAGAUUGGUCACCGUAUUAUCUCUCAUAUUCUUCACCGCAAUUGGCACAAAUAUAGGGAUAAUCGUGUGCAUUAUUCACUACAAGGAAAU